CAGCCUAACACACACGACGGUUGGGAGCGGAAGUUCUGUACUGGACAUACAUAAACACGUUUCGCUUCGUCCGCGCCACACUCGGAAGGAAUUUAAACCAUUAUAAUCUAACUUCCACAAAGUAAGAACACUUUUGAUAUAUAAACAGUAAGUCAAAGAUACAAGAUUACGUUGCAGGAGAGUUAUAGCUUUAGACCGUAUACAGUUAAACAUCUAACAUGGCCACAGCGCGAGGCAACCGGGAACUGAUGGAAAAAUCCAAGAAGGCUCUCCAGACUGCCACAGACCCCGUAGAAAAAUUACGAUUGAAAUGUUUGGCUAGAGGAGCAUCUGGAAUUAAAGGAAUUGGCAGACAAUUCAAAAUUAUGGAUGAUGAUAAUAGCAGAUCUAUAGAUAUGGCAGAAUUUAGAAAAGGCAUCCAUGAUUUUGGAGUUGAUAUGGAUCCAGGUGAAGUGAAGGAAGUUUUCCAGAUAUUCGACAAAGAUGGUUCUGGCAGUAUUGACUUUGAUGAAUUCUUAGUUGCACUGAGGCCAUCGAUGAGCAAAGCACGGAAGAGUCUGAUCGGGCAGGCAUUCCGAAAAAUGGACAAAAGUGGAGAUGGCGUGGUCACAAUUGAAGAUCUCAAAGGUGUUUACAAUUGUACGAAACACCCCAAGUAUUUAAAUGGUGAAAAGACAGAAGAUCAAUUACUAGGGGAAUAUCUGAAAACAUUUGACACCCCCAAUGAGGCAGAUGGAAAGAUUACAGAAGACGAGUUUGUGAAUUACUAUGCUGGAGUUAGUGCUUCCAUCGAUACAGAUGCAUAUUUUACACUAAUGAUGAAAAACGCAUGGAAACUUUAAUUGUUCUAAAUCAACAAAUCAGCAAAUUUGAUAUUAAAUUCAACAUAUCUACAUAAAUAAAACACAAGUUUAACAUUGUUCCAUAUCACAUCUUAUCGAAAUGAAAAUAAAGUGACAAUUUAUUGAAUAACACGUUUCAUUUAAGACAUACUGGUAUUAUAAUGAUAGGUAUGCCUCAUUGUAACGUUACUUCACUCGACAUUCAUUUUACCUUUAGUAAUUUAGUCAUGACAAAUCCCAAUGAGCUCAUUACAAUCCAUAAUUCAAAAACUUAGCGCUCAAUAUGCUAGUUUGUACAGUCACAUACAUAGCUAUUUACGAUACAGACCUAUAUGUGUCUACAUGAAUUUCCUUCGCUAAAACAAGAACCUAGUUCUGCUUGCUUUUGUCAUGAAUUCCAUCAUUCUUGAUUGGAAACAGGAAUUUGAUAAGCGAGUCGUGUGGUAACUGGCUAUUAGCUGUAGAAAGCUUUUGACCAAACAGUUUCCUCUUGUAUAAGAACACUGCAACUCCGAAUGAUUCACGCAUGUCGCACACAACCCUGAGUGAUUCACAACUCGUUCACCAAGACAUUAGGAGCAGCAGCGGCACACUUUCUGCUGGAUACGCAACUGGAGGAUCACAUGAAGAGUCACAUUUUAUGUUAGGAAUCUUAUGUACAUGUUUUCACGAACUUUUACAUAUGAAUCGUUAUAUCAUUUUGUUCUUGUGCGAAAAGAUUCUUUAAACAUUUGAAGAAUGUUACGAAUAAUUAAAUCCAUCAACGAAAGCUGGAAUACUGUCAAUAUUUGCAGUGCAAUAGCAAGUGUGACCUUGAUAUUGAACAAAUACUUGUACAUUGUAAAUAAUUCAAAUACAUAAGAAAGAAAAAGACGCGGAAGAGAUUGUUUGAUAGUGGAGUUAGUGCCUCAAUAGACAAUGACAUGCAUUGUGCCUUGGUGAUGAAAAAAACAUUGGGCGUGUAACAAUGAAGUAUAUCAUAUAUUACAUUAUAAAGGGCAUUUUCUGGGAUAUAUAUUGUAAAGAAUAUGCAUGUAAUAGAAUCACUGGAAAACGCUCACAAAACAUCAUUCCACGAUCGCGUCAUUACGUAGCACCGACAUAUAAAGUCGACUUCGACUUUAACACAGACAUUCCCAUUAGCGGUAUUGCGCUCUGGCUUUAUCCCACGAUUUGGUAUGAAACAUAUUUCCUAUUUCUCAAAAAAUACCAUUACGUAAUUUGUUAAAUUAAUUCUAUUACUUACAAUGGAGGUUAGUUAUCAUUUAAAAGACCAAAAGACAGAUACACUAUAGAUGUGUGGAAAAGUGUGGAUGUUCUGCGUUGCUUUAACUGCCUAUAUUGAUAGUUUAUUGUUUAAUCUGCAUGACGAGCAGAAAUGUAUCUGCACUGUCGCAUGAAAGUACAAUGUAUUUUAAUGUGUUUAUGCCUGGUUGCAUAAUCAUAGAUAUAUACGACAUCACAAUAUUUACUAAAAGAAACGUCAUAUGCAACUUACGGGUGUCACUUUUGAACCUGCACUGCAUAGAAAAAAUGUGCAUUGUCUAUGAAUUUGGUUGAAAAAUUAUAUAUGAUUAUUUAUACAUUAUUAUAUUUAAAUGAUUAUUUCAUUUUGAAGGAGGAAAGUGACAUAUUUGUAAAGCACCUUUACAUUGCAUGUAUUUCUAAAGUUAUUUUUUUCACUACUGAAAUCAAAACAUUACCAUUUUUUGUCAGAGAUGCUAUUUAAUGUUGGUAACUAAAUCCCAUUUCUAUAACUGGUCCUAGAUUGAUCAAGACAUUAGCUGCUCAAAUGAGUGUUGUUGGGUGAGGUAUUUUUUCUUAGCGAAUCUGAACUCGUCAUUCGGUGUGACUACCUGAUUAGUUACUGAUUUCUCGUCUUAUGAUCCCUUAUGUUACUCUUCAUAUUGAACAGAAACAAUGCUAUUUAUAAAUGCCAUUAUUAUACAUUAGUUAAAAUGAUAUAUUUAGCUAGUGUGUCUGAUCUGUAUGAUCUUAGCUUCCUGACAUCUCGUCAGUGUUGGUUUUGGGACCAUUAGUAUAGUGUAAAAGAUCUGUUUUUAUUCUUUUUGAUUUUAAAACAACUAUUUAUAUAUAUAUUUUAGUCUACAAUCUAUUCUUAUCAUCUAACUACUUCAAAAGUGUAAAUUACUUUUUUUAUCGAUUAUUUAUGCCGUAGAAUUUCCAUUGAUUAAAAUAUGAUUUUUUUGUA